GGUCUCUGUUCUGAGUUCUGUCGCAUACAUGUGUGUAUCUCUACUUCCCUAUCUACCUACGUUCCACUGAUAGGACUCUGCUGAUUGCAGUACCUACCUACGUGUGCCCUGGGAAUACUGCGCAAGUCCGUAACCCUGACAUGCGCGAAUGUGGUCAAAUCUCGCCACCCUCAAUUUUGUGUUUGUGUUAUUUAUGAAAUUAAAACAAAAAUAAAACAAUCUAGCUAAACGUUUUUUACAAAAUUGUUACCUUGAAAUACCGUAUUUAUAUUGUAGCUGGUGAUUUGAUAAAUUAGUACAUUUUUAUAAAUAUAAAUAACCUCAAAGACAAUGCAGUUGUUUUUAAUAAUUAAGUGUGUGUUGUGGUAAUAGUGACGUGCAUUUGUGAAUACAAGGUGUUUUAUAGUGUCGCAAUGUUUAUGUAAUUGCUGUAAGCAUUCUCAUUACCGCUAUCUAUCGCCCCUGCAUCUAAGAACCUGAAUAAAAUGCUGAUGUUAUCUAGAUGAUGCUGAAAUAACUGCCCAGUGCGUAACUGAAAACUUUGAAGCAGACAAAUGGGAAUAAGAAAUAAAGGGCGGGACUGGCGGUUCCAAUGGAGUAUGGUGAUGAUAGCGGCGGCCGCGCUAGUGGCAUACAACGCGGUCGCCAACCUCUGGCUGCUGCACCCUGCAUCCUGCCCCAUCCCCCCCACGAUCCCGCCGACCGAGCCUCCCACCUGCGAGCCGUGCUUUGGCAAAGUCUCCAGCGCUGGCGCAGAUUAUGAUCCUAUCUAUACACUUGACUUAAGGUUAGGCAGGUGGGAUGGUAGUCGAUCAUACAAGAUAUUCGACAAUGUGGCAGUCGGGGAGCUGUACUCCGAGAUGUCUACUAACUACCACGUAUGCCUUGCGACGCAGAGCUCCAUAGAGAGGCUCCACGAGCUAUUGAGAAUCGCAGCGCACUGGACAGGCCCUAUUUCAGUGGCUGUGUUUGUGGCCGGCGAUGAAAUGAGACUGCUCAGAGCUUUCACUACAUGGUUGUAUAAAUGCCAGCCAGAAAUUUAUUCAAGACUAGCUUUACACAUUAUUAUGCCUGCGGAGAAACCAGGGUACAAUGACGGGUCACUGCCGAAGUGGGCGAGGGAUUGUGACGUCAUUCCUCUGCCGCACGAGGAACGAAAAGCCGAAACCGUGGCUUGGAGAGCGAGGCAUCCGUAUCCUCAGAAUCACAUGAGGAACUUAGCGAGGAAGAAUACUCACACAUCUUAUGUUUUCUUAGUUGAUAUCGAUAUAGUACCUUCUACAGGGAUGGCAGAAGCCUUAAAUCAGUUUCUCGACAGCUCACCCAAGUGUCCGCUCUGUGCGUACGUGGUGCCUACAUAUGAGUUGGAUCGAAGAGUUGCCAAGUUUCCUGCUAAUAAAUCAGAGCUGGUGAGGCUCUCUAGAAGUAAACUGGCGAUACCAUUCCACAGAAAAGUGUUUAUUUAUAACCAGUUCGCUUCGAACUUUUCACGGUGGGAAGCCAGUGGUGGCAACGAGAGUGAACUCGCGCACAUCAGUCACAACGUGACGAACUUCGAGUUGCUGUAUGAGCCAUUCUACCUGGCGUCAGAUACUGUGCCCGCUCAUGAUGAGAGGUUCCUUGGCUACGGGUUCACGAGGAACUCGCAGCCCCCGUCGCACCGAGCUGGUACUGAUAGAUUUGUUGCGCCGCCUGCCAAAUGGUCCCGUAUACGAGAUGUUUUAAUUGGAUACCAAUUCAAAGUGCUAUCCCCAAUCUUCACGAUCCACUGGGGGAUACAGACGAGGAGGAACCGUCCGUUGUGGCGGGAGAAACAAAAUGAGAACAAUAGGAAGCAUUUUGAGACUUUCAAGAAGGAACUUUUUGCGCGGUAUAGGAAAGACCCUCUGCAUUUGCUCAAAAGGCCGCAACAGGCUAAAAAGACCUAGGCAUCGCGAGGCCGUGCUGACUCCGCCGGCCUCGGACUACUCACUCUUGCAGCAUUAUCUUGGACGCUCUCAGUUCUCAUGACACAAUGACAGAAGAAUUAGUAUACGUGUGUAUAAGUGUUGUAAAGUGACUCGUGUGUAUGGAAACUGUAUCAGACUAAGUGUUGUAGGGUAUUUUUGUAAUAUAACUGAACUAUAAGUGUAAGUAGACAUCAAAGUAGCUAGCUGAAAUAGAUUUAUACGUACUAUGUUGUUAGACAAAAGUAGUUUAUUACACCUAUUUAAAUUUUAUUCUGUAGACGUAAGUAGAUGAUAUACGCAGGCUAAAGUUGAUUUUGGAACAAACUUUAAAAGGAAAACGAAUACUUGGUAUGUCGGAUUAUUUUCAAAGUGUUUUUAUUUCAAUUGAAAACAAAACUUUUAUUUACAAGAUAUUCUGAAUCCAGG